AUGGAUGAUUUCGGUCUGUGUUUAUCUGGGGAUAAAUUCUCAGCAGUUCCCAUGGGUAGAAGAAAUACGAUUCAUGGAAGUGAAAUACGAAAGGAAAAUGCUGGAGCUGAUGUUUACAAUGUCCGUCGACCUGGUGGCAAAAACAGAGGAAAGUGUUGUUCUAGUACCAGUACUGUUGCUGGUAACUCGACUACAUCCAGUAUUGUUUCUCAAACCAGACAGAUGGGUCUCACCGAUGUGGUUAGGGGAACUUUGCGGAGAAGGGUUUCCACCAGUUUGCUAAAGCACAAACUGAAAAAGUUGCAGGAUUAUUCACUACCCCAUCAUCUUGAUAACUUUGCACUGCUGAGAGAAACUUGCAAUGUUAAAGCAGCCGGAACAUCCAACAUCUUGAAAAAACAUAAGACACCACCACCAAAGCCUCCUCGUCAAAACCUUCCUACGAAUUCCAAAGGAAAUAAGAGCCUCCCAGCUGGAAAACAACACAACCAGGAACUUAUUACGGACCAUGAUCUCCAGCAAAAGAUUGACCAUGAAAUUAAAAUGCGUGAAGGGACCGCCCGCUUACUUGUGGCCAGCAAACAUCCGGCCCAGGUUCUGGAAGCUGCCAAAAACCUUCUGUCUUCCAACACUCGCAUCAUUGCAUACAUGUCAGAGCUUCAGAGGCGAAAAACGGCAGAAGUUCUAGGGAAAACACUGUCUCAUGAAGGCAACCAGCUGCCAUGUAAGGCCCAAGUCAGUGUUUCAGAUAUACGAAUUCCCCUGAUGUGGAAAGAUGCAGAUCACUUCAAGAACAAAGGAGAUUACCGCCGAUAUGCUGUGUUCUGUAUGCUCAAAGUUGGAACAGAGAUCUAUGACACAUCAAUGAUCAGUGAUGUGGACAGGAGCAUGACAGACAUCACCUUUGAAGAUGUUAUUCUAUUUGAUGAUGUCCCUCAUGACUUUGAGAUGAAAUUGGAGGUCUAUUGUCACAAGCUACACGAAGAGUUCUCUGUUGCCAAUACCCCUAAAAAGCUACGUAAAAAGAUCAAUGAUAUCUCAGGCUCCGUUGGCCGCAGUGUUGGGAAACGUCUCUCUGGUUUGAAUGAUUCAGAAGUCAUUGGAAACAUGGUGUUGGGACCAAAGUUUGAGCUGGUUGCCAGAGGGUCAUUAAAUCUUGCAGAUGUUGACAAGUCUGUGAGAACAUUUGAUCUUCAGCUAGAGACAACUGCAGAUGGGCAAGUACACGAACUGCCUCUGUUUGGCCAUUAUUGCUGCCGCUUGGCUGCUUUGCCAAACUGUCUCGUCCGAGCGACAGUAACAGGUUACCUUAACUUACAG